CAGUCCCUCACAGUUGGCACCGAGGAUCUGUGAUGCUUCAGGGGCGGACGGGGCAGAGGGAGAGAAGUUUUGAGAGUGAGGGGACGGAGAAACUGCAGAGCCUUCUCCUCCUUGCUUCUGCACCUUCAGGACAAAGAGCCAAGAAGUGUGGAAACAGGAGGAAAAAAGACAUGAAAAGAACAUGAAAGACAGAAAGUGUCAUUAACCGCACUACGAAGUUCUCUCUCUUCCCUCCGUCUCGCACCUCUCUCAAUUUAAUCUUAAAGCCACUCCAAUUUCCCCCGAGAGACUCAAUUCUCCCUUUUCCUUGAGAGACAGAAGGACGGAAGCCCAUUCCACCUGGUAGGGCGACGCAAGGAACUUCCUCUUUCUCCUGGCUCCACUUCCUUUGCUCCGCUCCGCCAUGACUCUCCUGGCCUCCGAGAGGUCGCUUCUCAUCAGGAACAAGUUCCGGUCAGUCCUGCAGCUGAGGAUUCAGAACCGAAGGCUGAGCGAAAUCAAUGCAGACCCAGGGUUGAAAUCUGCCUCCACUCACCAGAAAACAGAGAAAAAGCGGAGUGAAGCUCAUCGUCAAACUGAGGACGGCAUCACUCAGAAGUUGCCCCCUGGUGGUCUGAGCGCUGAAACUGCACAAGAGAGGACUGUAUGUGGGGCCCUGAGGCAGAGGAAGGCUCGCCCCUCACAGACCCUCACUGAGAGGAUCCAGCUACCUCCAGCAGCCGCAGAGCAACAGCUUGAGCACACGUUGCCCCUGGAGAAUGGUCUUGCCUCGUUCCCCGCUGAUGUCUUCGAAGAGGACAUCUCUUCCUCCAUCUCGUCUUUAAACACGGAGCAACAUGCCGCUCUCCAAGCCCCAUCUAUUUCCUCCCUGCCAGGCCUCCCAGUUGACCAACCACUAAGUGACUGCUCAGCUGUGGGCCUGACCCUUAAUAACAAUCCCAGUCAUGCACAGUCCGGUUUGACGUUGCUUCCGGCAACCGCGGGCGUCAGACAACCUCUGAGCAUGACGCUGGGCGAAUCAAACUCCUUGGCACCAACUGGAAGACCAAACGGGAUGUUCCUGACCUCUCAGACGACACCCCUGCUGCCAAAGACAGCUCGGCCUCCCAGCCCGAUCUGCCCCUCGUCUUUGCCCCCUCCCCUAAACUUCAAUCACCUUACCCGCCCACGGAAACCGCGGGACAUCAAACCCAAGAUGAAGAAACUCAAGUAUCAUCAGUACAUUCCUCCAGACCAGAAGGGAGCGUCUGGGACUGGAGCGGGAGGAGCUAAGCAGAGCAGCCCUGCCCCUACGCAGCCACUAGACCCCGCCUACUCCCAUCUGCUGAAACAACAGCAGGUCUUCCUCCAGCUUCAAAUCCUGCAGAGUCAACAGCAGCAGCAGCAGCAGCGACUACAGCCGCCGCAGCAGGUUACAGUUGUACCGAGUGGAGAUCACAAUGAUCUAGUGAAGUCUUGUGGAGCCUCACCGCUCAGCCUCCAACCUGUUCCUGCCACAACAAACCAAACUCAGAUGGAUGCAAAUCCUACUUCCAAACCAGAGCUUCUUCCUGCAAAUCUUGUUGAUCUAACGGUGUCGGAGUUGAGGCAGCAGCUGCGUAAACGUGGCCUUCCUGUCUCUGGAACCAAGCCGGCCUUGUUGCAGCGCCUUCGUCCCUUCCAGCUUCAGCAUGCCUGCCCCACCCCGGCUCCUCUUAGCAAGCUGGGCACCAGCAUGGAGCCCCUUAGUCCUUGUGCCCCGCUGCCACCCUGUCAGAGCCCUGGCUCCAGCCCCGGCUUCAGGCUGAGCUCGCCCGGCAGCAGCCCGAACCAACAACUGUACAUCCAAGACGGGGGGAUUCCUAAUGGGAUUCUCAGUGACAGUCCCAACAGAGAUCCAAAUGGGACUCUGAACGCUGUCCCAAAAGCAUUCGCAGACGCUGCGUCAGUCAGUUUGGCAGGUGAACAGUGUGGUCUCAGCAGCACUGUGUUCUGGGAUCCUGCUAGCACUGCAUCAGGAACUCCAAGUCCCAGUUUGCCCAUGUCGUCCUCCUCGCCCCUGCAGUGUGGGACUCCAUGGAGAACCGACAGAGAACAGCAGCCGCAGGAACAUUUAGAGCUGAGCGUGAAGCUGGAGAAGAGGGAGAGGAAGAGAAGCCGGCAUACUGACUUCUACCUGCAAGCGGGUACUGAGUCUGGGGAGGGAUCCCUUCAUCCGUUCCUGCAACAGGAUCCGGGACGCCUAAAAAGGCAGGCAGAACUAAAUGUGCAAACGGAGGUGCUUUUUGCUGAGCCGUGUGAUGUGAUUGGCCAUGACUUCGAGCUGCCACUGCAGAUUACAGCAAGUCCAGUUCAGACCUCACUUGGCGUUCGCAGCUUGGAGGAAGAGCUACAGGAGGCGAUUCAGAAAGCCCAGAUGGACCCUCGACAGUCUAUUGAUGAUAUUCUAGAUGAGCCACUUAUUUGUGAUGGCUCUCUUGAGGCCUCUGAUCAUAAAUCUGCUGCACACUCACUUCCUGACCGCUCCCCUGCCCCUCAAACCAAGCAGCCCCAGCCUUUUCAGCAGCAAGAUGACAACUUCCUGCCAUCCCCUCUUUGUUCCUCUCUCUUACUGGAGCUCCCUCCGUCUCCUGCAGUAAUAAACCCAAGCCAGGUUGUCCCUGCGCCUCCGCCUCUCCCAAUCUGCACCUCCCCUUCGCCUUCAACUAGAAAGUCUCGGAAACGGCGGGCUCCUGCACAGUUUGACGCUGCCGAUUGGCUCGAAACCCUCACUUCAGGCCUCCACCCCCUCACCCCGCCGAAACCUCCGUUUGUCGAGUCCGAUUUUAGUCUGGAUUCGGAUCUGAAUGUGAAUCGAGUGCUCGAUCUUUUGAUAGAGCAGUGGUGAAGAUGUAAAAGAUGGUGUGUAAACAUGGUGCCGUGAAAAAGUAUUCAUAUCCCUCGAACUUUUCAACAUGUUGUGACGUUGCAACUAAAAGUCUCAAUUGUAAUUUAUUGGGAUUUUGAUGGAUCAACACAAAGUUUUCAAAACACUUUACUUUAAAAAUCUAAAAAGUGUGUCAGGUAUUUGGAUUCAGCCCUUCUUAGUGAGAGGACCAAUUUUCAGUGCAAAACAGCUGCAGAUCGUCUAGAGGUAUGUCUCAUUUUUUAAAUAUCUUAAGCUCCUUUAGACUGAAAUAAUAUUAUUUGUGAGCUUUAACUUUCAACACCAUGUAGAUUUUAAAUUGAAUUUAGGUUUAGACCUUCACCAGGCCUUUCUAACAUAUGAACGUGCUUUGAUCUAAACCAUUACAUGGUCGCUGGGGUGGUAUUUAUAGAGUUGUCGAAAGGUCAACCUUUUCUGAAAUCUGAAAACUAUGCUCCCUCGCCCAGCCUGAUAGUUUACAUCCGGGGUGUCCAAGCUGUGGCCCGGGGGCUAUAUGUGGCCCUUGAAAUGAUUUUGUUUGGUCCCUGACCACAAGUCAAGAAUUGAUGACCCAAAACAUUUGGAAAUGCUCUGUUUUUUUUAGUAAGGCAACAGCCUUUUUAUGUUUUGGAUCCUGUACAGAUUUUAUAAAAAUGUUGUUUAUUGUUGAGCAGGUAAAACAACAACAGCAAAAUAUUAAAAUAAAAUAAUUUUGCAUUUUUGCUUUAAUUAACUUUGUGACGCACCACAAGUUUAAAUUUCCCAGGUUUGGCUUCGAAGGGAAACAGUUUGGACCCCAGUGGUUGACAUGGCUCACCAUGUCUUUAAGUUGUCAUUCCAUCUCCUUCUCAUGAAGCUGGUUGUUUACUAAUAUUCUUUAACAAACCUCUAAGGUCUCGACAGAGCAGUUCAUAUCCAAGUUGAGAUUAAAAUGUACAAAAAUUAACUCUGUUGACCUAUAAUGUGAAUUCUGAAUGCAAAUGAUUACACUGGAUAUUUUUUGCGAGUAUAGGACUGAAUACAUUUGUGCGCCACCUGUUUGAUUUUUAAUUUUUUUUUACAAAAAAACGUUUUCUCAACAUUAUGUCUGGACUAACAGGUUAAAAACCUCAAGGGAUGUGAAAUACUUUUGCGAGGCACUUUAUGUUUGCAUUUCUUUUGUAUGAUAAACUGUGGAUAGUUUCUUACUGUAAUGAAUUGCACAAAGUGUGUUCGUUGUACGUUCCAUGACUAACCUGCAGCCUGAGUCACUGGCUCCACGCAACGUCGAGAGCCGACUUUACUGCGUCUAGUCAGACGCCACUCCGAUAGGACAAUGAGAACAAACACAGAGAUGUAGUCAUGCACCCUGUGAACCCUGAGACACAGCAGAGGGGUGCUCAAAAGCACUUUGGCUCAAGCAGCAAAAGAAAACCUGUUGGCGUAUUAAGUUGAACACGGUUGCUGGCUGUGCUGGGAGACAAGUCGGUCUUUGACUUUUCUCCAGAACCCGUUGUCGGAUUGGGUUGAGUGCGGCACCCUGGUGUUCACUCAGUCUUUGAGUCACAGCCAUUCAUAAAGCCCAUUCAGAGUAUGUGGAAGCCAGACAGAGCACACAGCUUGUGUGUGUCUCCAGACCUUAACCUUGAUGCCAGACGCACGGUCGGCAUGCGGAGAGAAAAACCUGGCAGAUUCCCCAAACAAGAAGUGUGUGCUUGCCUUGCGAAUGUACUUGUAUUUCUCUGUAAGGUAUGUAUGCUUUUACUGCUUUUCUUAACGUGGUAUUCUGCACAUAAGUCUGCUUAUGUUUGCAUAAAUGUACAAACUCUCCGUGUUUACUUACAAGUAGUGCAAAAUUAAUUGUUUACUUAUCGUUAAAGGGUCCUUGAAAUGAAGCAGGAUGCAGAAAACCUCGGUGUUCUCACUUCCUUUAUUGUCACUGGUGUUUUUACAGCACAAACUCUAAUCAGCAGAAAUAAAUAAAAAACACAUUACCUUCCUGAAGUCAUGACUCCACAGGAGAGCAAUCAGGCAACAACCACCAGAAAAAAAGUUUUUAUACAAAUGCACCAAUCAGCUGAGUAAGAGUUUCUUCAUCGUGUAGCAAAAACAGGUGGUCAUUUUGUUCCCUGAUUAACCUUCAGUGGCCUCUGCCUCCUGUUGAGUGCUCACCCCAUUGCAGUCUAAUCCAAUUUUAGCACAAGUUAUCACCAAACACCAGGGCGACACCUGUUCAGUUAGUGCAAAUUAAUUCCUUACAACAUGCGUUAAUGAAAUGACUGCUGUAUAUCAUAAGACGCAAAACACAAAAUGCAUUAUUAGGUGUACAAUUUGGAUUGUUUGCUAACACCAUUAGCGACCAGCCAAUCACAUGACAGAAGCUUUAUGCUUUAAGUCAUUUAGUUGGCAUAAAGUUACAACCAAACAUCAGACUGGGUAAGAAAGGAUCUAAGUGACUUUUAUGGUUGUUUGUGCAAGGCUGACAUUUUGGAGCAUUUCAGAAACUACUGGGAUUUUCAUCUUUUGGAUUUGCAGAAAUCAAUCCAAAGAUCUUGUGGGCACAAAUACCUUGAUGAUGUUAGAGGAGAAUUGGAAAAAAAUCCCUUAUUACAACCAAUGUGUGCAGAAUACUAUCUCUGAAUGCAGAGACUACAGACAACAGCAGCCAAAGUUCACAUCCAGUGCCACUCCUGUCAGCUGAGAACAGCGGACUGAGGGUACAAUUCACACAGACUUACCACAUUUGGACAGCAACAGAUUGGAAAAUUGUUAUCACAGCUGUGAAAUUCAGAUGUUUGAGUCAGAAUUUGAUGUAAAGUAUGGAUCCAUUUUUCCUCUUAUCCCCGAUUCAGGCUGUUGGUAGUGAUGUAAUACUACCAACUAGGGUAGUAUUGUACCCUAGUUGUAAUACUAGGGAUAUCUGGCACAUUUUGGACACUUUAGAUCAACUAAGCAUGAUCUAAAAAAAACCACAGGCUGCCUCAGAACUGUUGCUGACAGUAUUGACUUCUUUACAAUGACAAUGUGGUCCUUUUCUGAUGGUUCCAUGUCACCAAUCUCAAAUCUUCCUGUUGUUUCUUGAAUGAUUUUAUUGUACUCCAAUUGCCACCACAGUCAUCAGAUCUCUGUCCAAUAAACAGAGCACCUUUUGGAUGUGGUAAAAUAGGAGAUUCACGAAUGUGCAACUAAAAAAUCUGCAGCAACAUCUUGUCAAUAUGGACCAAAACCUCUGAGGAAUAUUUCCAUCACCUUGUUAAGUUUAUGCCUGAAUUGAGGGAGAUCUGAAGCUAAUGAAUGAAUUAAACGUUUUGUGUUCCUGCCCAACCCAUACAGAAAAGCCUUUUUUUCCUGCUGAUUUUAUAAUCCACACAGUGUGCUGACUGUAAGGAGUUUCACUUGUCAUUUGUUUGCGUAUAAACAUUCAGGUACCGAUGUCCAUUUUUCAGCCUUGCUGAACAAAACUGUAUAAAUGAACCAAAGUCUGACAAAGGUCAGGAAGCAUUAACCUUUCUGUACCUCACUAAUGUAAUCCAGAUAAAGAAUCUCAUCUACAGAACAUUAUACUUUGAUUUUAAUUGGCUGCGUGUCCCAUCUGUCAUGUAGGAAGGUUUGGACUGAAUCUUUUUAAUCAUUUGGCCACCCUCUCCGUGGGAUCACUUUAUAUUCUGUUGGGCUCCUUCUCCUUGAAGGAAAAUGUCAUCUGCAUUGCGAUCUCUGGAAAGCAGACUUCUUAAAAUCCACCUACCCAUGUAUGUUCAGAUCAUGAUGUUCCCAUGCAGAGUUUCUGCCUCUUUGUUUCUCUUUCUCAUGAUAAAUAACAGACAGUGAAUCAAAAUAAGAUUAUCUGUACAUUGGCAAACCAUCAGCACAGAGCUACAGCUUUAUGAUGAAGUGACUCUAGUGCAGCUUUCACUAUGGAGAUGACAUGGGGAAAAAAAUGCAGUUAAAUGUGGAUGGAUGGCUAUGAUAAUCAUAGCGAUCAAUAAAUGUUGCCUGCUGCAAGAAAAAAACCCAGAAAAAUUGAUAGGCGGGAGAGUAAGAUGCUACCUCCUGUGACUUCCACUGCUUAAGGGCUGAUGCUCCUGUUUUUAUUGUUUCUUAUUUCAUUUCCAAAAAACAAAAAAAAGAAAAAAAAACUAGGGCAGAGUUUGCUGUAAAACCUCGGUGAAAGUGUAACUGGUUGAAUAUUUCUAUUUUAAAAUGACGGAAAUUUUGACUGGGUACGUUGGAGUGUUUUAGAUGAAUGUGAUCCGGUUUGCCAGUUGCUGCUACAUUUGACUUAUUGUGAAAAGACAAAAUACUGUAUGUUUGCUUUUAUUUAUGAUGUAACUUAUUAAUGGAAAAGCACAAUUUCUGUGCAAAAUGUAUUUAAAAGAAAGGGAAAAAAUUAAAGUCUUAAUAGAUUUUCUU